UUCAACGCCCUUAGCUACAUGUGGGGAGAUCCAAUGGUCACGGAGCUGAUAUCUCUGGAUAACGAAGAGUUAUUGGUUACAACUAGUCUCCACGCGGCACUCCGCCAAAUGCGAGGAAAGGCUGAAACGAUCAUUGUCUGGGUUGAUGCUAUAUGCAUCGACCAAAGUAACAUCGAUGAACGUAGUAGCCAGGUGGGCAUGAUGGGAGCCAUAUAUUCGAGUGCCCAGCUCGUCUACGCCUGGCUAGGGGAAGGAAAUGCGGAUACAGAUGCUGCUAUUGAGAUAAUCCAGAACUGGACGGUCGAAAUGGAUAAGCCACUGGCUGAAGUCGAAGAUCCAGUCGAAUAUGUUUCUCAGCUCGUCACAGAGGAAAGUAUCAAAAUGCCACUCACCCAGGCAUUAACCGGAUCUAUAUUCGAUCCUCUUCAAUCGUUUCUGAGCAGGCCGUACUGGCGGCGAGUGUGGACAGUACAAGAGCUGGUUUUGUCAUCGAACGCUACUAUAGUCUGCGGUAAACAGCAAGUUUCAUUCCAAAAGAUCAUCUACUUCAAAAGCCUAUGGGAUAUUUUAAAGAUCACAGACAGAAUCCCUGGCCUACCUUCUUGGGCUGUCGACUACUCAUAUAAAGAAUUGGAGGGUAGUUUCAGGGACUAUAGUCACUGCACGAGAAGUGCGGAUUCAGCCGCCUCCACUACAAUCAGUAGCACCUUGGAUCCCAUGAUCUUAUCGACUCAGGGGGCUUUCCUCGACACUGUGAACUCAUUCGUGCGGGUUCAUAUGCCUGCCGUUACAAAGAGCGAACAAAAAGCCGUUUUUGUUACCCGGUCAGGUCAUGUUGGUUAUGGGCCAAAUGGAAUUCAGGAAGGUGAUGAAGUUUGCAUCUUGCCCGGAUGCCAAUAUCCAAUGCUCGUUCGGAAGAAAGGCCAGGCGUAUCAAGUAGUGGGAGCUUGUGUUGUAUAUGGCAUCAUG